CGGCGCUCGGAGGGACGCAGGCGAAAGGAAUUUUUCCCGAGAGCAGCCUCGGCUUCACUUCAGUUGUUGUCCAGACUCCCGGCCGGACUCGUCGUCGCUUUCAGCCAUUCUCCUACUGCACCCCCCGUCGGUCCGAGCGCCCGCAGCCCUCCCGCGAGGGCGCCCCGGGAACGGAAGGACCCAGCAGCCUGUCGGCGCCCGCCGCUCUCGUGGUCGCCGUCGCGGUCGUCGUCGUGGUGGUCUCGGCCGUCGCCUGGGCCAUGGCCAACUACAUCCACGUCCCGCCCGGCUCCCCGGAGGUGCCCAAGCUGGACGUCACGGUGCAGGACCAGGAGGAGCAGCGCUGCCGGGAGGGGGCCCUGAGCCUCCUGCAGCACCUGCGGCCGCACUGGGACCCUCAGGAGGUGACCCUGCAGGUCUUCACAGAUGGAAUCACAAAUAAACUUAUUGGCUGUUAUGUGGGUAAUGCAAUGGAGGAUGUAGUUUUGGUGCGAAUUUAUGGCAAUAAGACUGAGUUGUUAGUCGAUCGAGAUGAAGAAGUGAAGAGUUUCCGAGUGUUACAGGCUCAUGGUUGUGCACCACAACUCUACUGUACCUUCAAUAAUGGACUAUGCUAUGAAUUUAUACAGGGAGAAGCAUUGGAUCCAAAGCAUGUCUGCAACCCUGCCAUUUUCAGGCUAAUUGCACGUCAGCUUGCUAAAAUUCAUGCUAUUCAUGCACAUAAUGGCUGGAUUCCCAAAUCUAAUUUAUGGCUGAAGAUGAGGAAAUACUUCUCUCUCAUUCCCACAGGAUUUGCAGAUGAAGAUCUUAAUAAAAGGUUCCUAAGUGAUAUUCCAAGCUCCCAGAUUCUUCAGGAAGAGAUGAAUUGGAUGAAGAGGAUUCUUUCCAACCUGGGCUCACCUGUUGUGCUUUGCCAUAAUGACCUACUGUGUAAGAAUAUAAUCUACAAUGAGAAACAAGGUGAUGUACAGUUCAUUGAUUAUGAAUAUUCUGGAUACAACUACCUGGCAUAUGAUAUUGGAAAUCAUUUCAAUGAAUUUGCAGGUGUGAGUGAUGUAGAUUAUAGUCUCUACCCAAGUAGAGAACUUCAGGACCAGUGGCUGCGUUCUUACCUUGAAGCCUACAAAGAAUAUAAAGGCUUUGGGACUGAAGUUACUGAAAAGGAGGUAGAAAUACUCUUCAUUCAAGUCAAUCAGUUUGCUUUGGCUUCUCAUUUCUUUUGGGGAUUGUGGGCUUUGAUUCAAGCCAAAUAUUCCACUAUUGAGUUCGAUUUCCUUGGAUAUGCAAUUGUUCGUUUUAACCAGUACUUUAAAAUGAAGCCUGAAGUGACUGCAUUAAAAAUGCCUGAGUAAAGAUGUAAUUAUUCUCAAGUAGCUGAACAAUGCUUGUGAAUCUUUUCUUGAGAAAUUCCGAAAAGCCAAUUAUUUGUUAAGAUUCUGUUAUUUAAUUUGGUUAUCUUGCUUUACAAAUUAUGCCUCUAUCAACCAAUUUGUUUUUUAAAUGGACUGAAUGAUGUAAAAAAGAUAUAUAUACCUACUGCUGUCAGUAUGCAGUACAUUAGAAAUUUGUUAAAUCUACAAAAUAGGUAUAAAGAUGUCAAUUUAAUCUUUUUGAUAAUUUAAUUUGCUAUAUGUGAAUUAUUUAUUAUAAAUGUAACAUGGUUCUGUGACUGCUUUAAUCUAUCUCAUCCGUUAAGUGUAAGCAAUGAAAAUGUUCCAGAAGAAACUUUUUUUUUUUACUUUAAGAUUAAUUUUAGUUAAAAGUUCUAGAUGUUCAUUGUAACUUUUUUAUCUUGAUACACUGUAAGUAAAAUGGAUCAUUUACUCUUGAAAUGCCAGAUAUAGAUUACUUAGGAUGUUCUUGGAAAAAUACCUGUCUAGGAGUGUGGGAUACAUUCACUAUCUAUGGUAGUGGAACAUCUUUUUGAACUGAAUAUUGGAAACUGUUUCGUUGGGGGGAAUUUACCUUAGAAUUUAAUUCUCCUCUUCCUACAGAGUCUGGCAGUAUAAAUAUUUACUGUAUAAUCCUAGAAUAGAUAUGAGAUUUUGUGUCCCCAAAAUUUGUAUUCAGUAAUGUUCUCAUAUACUAAAUGUGGCCAUUUAAGUUACUAGUUUACUUUUAAGAUUUUAGUGUAUCAAGUUUUUUCUAACCAAAUGUUUUGUUUUACAUAUUGAGAUGUUCUAUGUCUUUGUUAAUAAAUAAUAGUAGAACAAUUGCUAAUUAAAAAAAAAAAAAGAUAGAACACUUGGGAACAAGAAAAUGUCAGUUAGAUUAAUUCUAUUUUACCCCUGUAGAUUCAUUUUUUACAUUUGGUUUCAUGUUUUAGUUUGGCUUCAUAUCUUUGGAAUGAUAGCAAAUGAUUGCUUGAUAGAUACAUGUAGGUUCAGAGAAGUUGAGGUGUUAAAAUAAUUAAAUAAGGAACAUUUAAGGUAUUGAUCUUGUACACUUAAUCUGAUAUAUCAAAAUGUGAAUUAAGCAGAAAUACUCCUUGUAGGAAGGAUUCUGUUUUUAUUACUCUUGAUUUUGUUUGUGUAUUUUUUACUUUAUUUUGUUUUGAAGUGAGGAUGAUAAUUAUUUGGAAGGGAGUUAGAUCUUUGGGAUAAGUAAGCUUCAUGUUUUGAAGACUGCCAUGUGGAGUUGAGUAGUCAUGGUUGUCUUUACUUAGAAAAUUAGUCUGACAAACUUUUCACUUUGGUCACAUAAGUGCCCAUGUACAAAGUUGGCUUAAUGGAUCUGCAUAUUCAGAAUAUGCAACUACACAUUAUCCUCUGAGAAAUCUUCUGAGGAGUCUGAUAUAUUAUUCCAAAUGACUUAUAUUCUCAGAUAAGUGCUUUAAAAUACUUGGGUUAUCUCAAGAUGUUUAAAGGUAAUCAAGUAGAAACACUUACAGGCCAUUUUAAAUGGUAAAUUCUAGUUACAUAAAUAGAAUAUGAAAAUCUGUUUAUAUCUAUAACAGUGUUAGACCAAUAUUUGUUUUCUUCCUCCCCAAUGUUAAAAAUGUUCACUUCUGUUUUUAUAAACCACAUUGUUGUAGAAUCAAUAGAAUUUUACUUAAUUGACUGAAUGGAACCAAUUAAACAAUGAACCUUUUUAUAUAAUGUUAGAGUGUACUUGAAAAAUUGUUUUUGGUGGGAUUUUCAUCUUUGGUUGGAAUAUUAUUUUCAAUGAUGAAGAAUAUGUAAUACUCUUGAUUUUUUUGCUUUCUGACUUAAAGUGCAACAUUAUAUAUCUACAUCAGAGGGGAGAAGGUCAUUUUUCUACCUUAUUUCAUAUUCUUCAAACUAUUUUGAAUAGAGAUUCACUGAGUCAUUGUUGAUAGACUCUGCAUACUAGUUGUGACACUAUAAAAAACAUUUCAAAAAGGUCAUAUAGAAAUGAAUGUAAAGGUUAAUAAAGGCUCUCACUCUAGUCCUAGGAGUAUCUAGUGGAUCUUGGGAACAUAAUCAGAUAAUUAAAAUAUUUCCCUCAUUCUUUGGUUAGGAUUUAGAUGUGAUGAUCCCAGUUCUGUACAGAUUUUUUUUUGGAUCAAUUAAUUAUCAAAAUUAAUGCUGUGCAGGCUAUUAAUUGGGUUCUAAAUUGCUUUCCUUUUUGUUGACCAUUUAAAAGAUUCUAAAGGAAAGACAGCUCUCUAAAAUGUGUCCUGUGGCUUCUUGACAUGUCUGUUGCCUUUUUAUGUUAAGCUAAGGAACUUGAAUGCCUUACCUAAUAACUCGUAAGCUCAUUUUGUAAAUAUGAAAAUGAUUGUUAGAGAAGUGGCAUUCAUGUACUACGCCGGAAAAUACCGUAUACUCAUUGUUAGUCAAUAGACCAUAGUGGCCUGGAUGCUUUAACAAGCAGAAUUCCACAGUUAUUUCCCUCUUUGUUCUUUACAUACUUGUUUAGAGCUUACCUGACCAGUAAUAUUUGAUUCCCCCACCUUCCAACAACCAACCCCCAUGCUACCACCAUUUUCUGGAAAUCAAAGAGAUGUGGUAGUAAAUCACACUGUUCACAUGAUCAUUUUAGAUCAAAAUGAGCACAAAACUCAUCAACUAGAUCUGCCUGGAAUGUAUAUAAAACAGUGUAAAUAAAAAUUUGUAAAUUAGUGUGAAUUGUAUCUUGCAUAUGAGAUUGUGUAUUGUUUUUCAUUAUUUUCCCUUUUAAAGAAAAUUUUCUGUAAAGAACUGAUCCAGUUCUUUGGUUUUAUACUGGAAACAGCCAGCAGUUCAGGCUGCACAGCAGGAUAAGAGGAACUGGAGAUAGGGUUUAUCAGUUUUUGUUAAUGUCAGUACUUAUUAAUGUAGCCUCUCAGUGCCUAAUAUGACUUCUUCAUUCUUUAAUUGUUUUUGUGAGGUUAGAUUCCUGCAAGUGGUCAAUUAAUAUACACAGAAUUUCAUUCCAUGAUUUCAAGCUAAAACAAAUUAAAAUAUAACUUAAUGAUUGCAAACUGAAGUAUUAUCUCUUCCUAUUUCCAAGUUUAACUUUUUUCCUACCAUAAAAAUAUGAAAUUUUUGAUAUCUCAAUGUGAAUCUAAAUCCCAUGUGUACAAGAGAUAUGGUAAAUAAUAGCUGUUAGUUUAACCAAAGCAUAUCUCAUGUGGCUUCUCUAGAUAUAAAGUUGUUUAUUAUGGGAUUGUAAACAACAAAAAGAUGUAAUAUUUUAAUGACUGCUAUUUACUUUUUUGCUGGACUAAAAAUAUUUGAACUUCAUAAAUAUGUAACUAAAACUUCCAGAGUAAAAGAAAAAAGUCUCCCCACACACUUUGUUACAAGUUAAAAAUCUCCACUUUACUAAUCAUACAGGUAUUUCAUUACACAAAGCUUUCUAUAUAAUUUUAAUUGCUUUAUAAUAUGCGAAUACUAUCAGUUUGAUUUUCUGCUUUAAAUUACUUUUAAUAAAAUUGAUAAUGCAUUCUAAAGUGUUACAGAUUUCAGUUGAUAGACAAAGUUAAUAGUGCUUUGUGCUAGGAGAGUUUUGUUAUUGGCAGCAACUUGCACAACUUACACAAAAAGCAAAUGCUAGUAACUGUUAAUGCACAGAUGAAAAUGGAAUUAUAUGUGAUUAAAGAAGUUUUAUAUUUAUUUGAAAGUUAAUUUGCUCUGAUUUUUCUUCAGUUCAGUAGAUUUUAGAAUGACCUUUGACUGGAAACUUAGUUACAUAAGGCAGUCUGUUUCUUCUUAAAGAAAUUAGUUAUAUUGAACUGCCUUUUUAUUUCUUGUUAUAUAACACCUUAUAGCGUUACAUUUUGGGUUUAAUAUCUUUGGACAGAAAAGCAUAUCAGUUAUUUUAAAUGAACCUCCCCCUAUCUUUGAAGCUUAGUCUCCAAAAUGUGUUACUAUAAAAGAAAAUGCUUUGGAUUGCAUUACUUGAAAUCUUGAAAACUGAAAUUAAUAAGAUACAUUACAUAAUGAAUUAGAUUUUUCUGGACACAAUUUUUAUGCUAAAAAUUCUAUUUCAGGAUCACAACUUGAAAUAGAAAAUUUCACUAUUUCAAUUAAAAACUAAUGGUAGUGCUUAUACAGAAGAUCCAUUUGUGUUGGACAUCCAAAAUUAAAGCUUUAAGUAGAUUUCUGUGCUGAAAUCUGCUUUCUCUUCUUACCUAUGCACUUACUAUGCUACUGAUGUUAUAUCAAACCGGUUAAAAUAAAAUGUGUUCAUUAUAAAUCCUAUAGCUUUUCUAGUUACAAAAAAAUUGUGUAAAAUACUCAAUAUUUUUGUUUACAUCUUAAUCCAUUAAAGGUAUAAUUACCCAUUAAUCAUUUUAACAAAUAUAAGAUACUUAUAAAAAUUGAAAAGGCUACAUAGUGUAUUUAAACUAGUUAGUGAUGAAUAAGAAAAAGCUGGAUAAUUUAAGUUGUUACAUUAGUUAAAUAUUAAAACUCUAACAGGAACUUUCAAAGCUAGGUUGAGACUUGAUGGUAUCCAUGUAAAUUAGUUUAUGUGACCUGGAAAAGACCCCCAAAAAGCGGUGGAGAAAAUGUGAAUAUUUGCUUGCUAUUGUUGAGGUGUGCUGCUACUUCAGUUUUGGUAGUGACACACUAACAUUUUUAUUGUCCAAUAAUCUGAAGAAGUUUCCUUUUGUUUGUGCUAAAGUAACUAUAAAUUGGUGGGAUUUGGGAAGGGAAAACUUUUAAACUAUCUAGGAGCCGUUGUACAGCUGGAUGAAGAAGUUUCCAUGAUGUGAAAUAUUUGAAUUUUAAAUAUUAUUAAAAAAAAAAAGAAGAUAUGGCAUCAUUCCAUGUUCAUAAAUGAUAAUUUCAGAUGCAGGAGGAAAAAACCCCAGCGAAUAAUUGUAUGCUAAAUUGGGAAAUUGGUAGAAAGCUUAAAUUUAUGUUUAUCAAAUGUGAACCAUAGUAGUAUAAUGCUGCUUUGUAUAUACUGUAAGUGCUACAAAUAGUCUCAGCACUGAAAAUGUAUUGAUACCUCUCAAACGAAUGCAACUUUUGGAGGUGUUUUGAUAUGCCUCAGAAAGUAUCUGAGAACUUAUUAAUUUGGUAAUGAAGAUACUUCCUGUUUGUUGUUGCAUAUUUUUAUGUUUAAAAUUUAAUUUUUACAUUUUUACUACUGUUAAUUUAAGUAAAACUUGUUCUGUGGACAGAAUGGGGUUGCCAGUGAAGAAAAUAAAAAACAGCCUCGUUCAUGUAACUGCUUACGUAAAAAUAUGUUUUUGCUCAAUGUUCGUAAAUGUUUAAUGAAGCUGUUAGUGUUUCUGUUUAAAAUAUAAGUGAUGUUUAGGCUUUAUUUCUGUUUAAUAAGACCUUUUACCAUUGAUUAAAUGAAGGAAUGUAUCUUUUUGAAGAGAUUUAUAUUCUGUAAAUAAAAAAUUGGUUGUAACAAUAAAGUUGGGUUCUAGUUGCAGCGUCUCCAUAAA